AAUGUCUUUGGCCCUGUGCAUGUGAUUUGGCACGGUUACAGUUGAGGCUGGGUUCUAUUGACCAGGGCGGGUUUAACACCGUGAUUGGGUUGUAAACGAUCAGUCCAGUCAUGCUACUCUGCGUUCAGCACUUUCACAGGCGUGGGGGAUACUACUGAUACUCCUCAAGUACACACACACACACACACACACACACACGGAGGAGCAGCACAAUGGACAACAGCGGCUGCACGGAUGACUGUAGCCCUACACCGUCCAGAGAGCUCACACAAAACCCGCUGGAGAAAAUAUGGAUGCCCUGCAAAAACGGCAGAGAGAAGCCCAUCUUUCAGAGGAAGGUGUGCAUGACCAACUGCCCCACUCUCAUCGUCACGGUCGGACUACCGGCCCGGGGCAAGACCUACAUCUCCAAAAAACUCACCCGUUACCUCAACUGGAUUGGCGUUUCAACAAAAGAAUUUAACGUGGGACAGUACAGACGAGAAUGUGUGAAGAUCUACAAAUCGUUCGAGUUCUUCAGCCCAGACAACGAGGAGGGGCUUAAAAUCAGAAAGCAGUGCGCAUCAGCAGCUCUUAACGAUGUGCAUCAGUAUCUCACUGAGGACGGGGGUCAAGUGGCGGUAUUUGAUGCCACAAAUACUACGAGAGAAAGGAGAGAGACCAUCAUACGAUUUGCUGAACAGAACGAAUUUAAGGUCUUCUUUGUUGAGUCUGUAUGUGAAGACCCUGACGUUAUUGCAGAAAACAUUGUCCAAGUGAAACUAGGCAGUCCAGACUACACAGACUGUAACACCGAGCAGGCUGUGGAGGACUUCAUGAAGAGGAUAAAAUGCUAUGAGAACUCCUACCAGCCUCUCGAUGAGGACUUGGACAGAGAAUUGUCCUUCAUAAAGAUCAUCGACGUGGGUCGGAGGUACCUGGUGAACCGAGUGCAGGAUCACAUCCAGAGCCGUAUCGUGUAUUACUUAAUGAAUAUCCACAUCACACCACGCUCCAUCUAUCUGUGCCGGCACGGAGAGAGUGACCUCAACGUUAAAGGACGCAUCGGCGGCGACUCGGGUCUCACGGCUCGGGGAAAGGAGUUUGCUCGAUACUUGGGCCAGUUCAUCAACUCGCAGGACAUCAGCGAUCUGAAGGUGUGGACGAGUCAGAUGAAGAGAACCAUUCAGACUGCCGAGGCUCUGGGCGUACCGUACGAGCAGUGGAAAGCUCUUAAUGAGAUUGAUGCUGGUGUGUGUGAGGAGCUGAUGUACGAGGAGAUUCAGCUGCAGUAUCCUCUGGAGUUUGCUCUGCGUGACCAGGACAAAUAUCGCUACCGAUAUCCCAAAGGAGAGUCUUAUGAAGAUCUGGUGCAGCGGCUGGAGCCCGUCAUCAUGGAGCUGGAGCGGCAGGAGAACGUGUUGGUCAUCUGCCACCAGGCGGUCAUGCGCUGCCUGCUGGCCUACUUCCUGGAUAAAUCGGCAGAGGAGCUGCCGUACCUGAAGUGCCCACUACACACCGUGCUGAAGCUCACACCGGUGGCUUACGGCUGCAAGGUGGAGUACAUCUUUCUGAACGUGGAAGCAGUGAACACCCACAGAGAACGACCAGAGAAUGUAAACGUACAUCGGACCACGGAGGACGCCCUGUGCACCGUCCCGCCUCACCUCUGACCUCGUCUGCUGGGACGUCCGCUUCCGUAUUUCUCGCUACCUUUUCUCCAGGGGUCCCCUGUCCUCCAGGCAUCUCGGUUCGCACAAGGAUCCGCAGUCUGGUGUCACAGAGUCUUCAUUUCUCCGUCUGUACCUUUAAUCCUCGCAGCUCGAGGAACUCGAGCUUUGACACCACGACUACAGAGUAACGUACAUUAGUCACAAGCCGAUCCCAGAUCCACAUCUCUACAGGGAUCGCUGAUAUGAUUUGCUUUUGCUCAAACAGAUCCACUUCAGUCUUCAUCCAAUCUGGUGUGCAACAUCAAUUUGCACUAGUGAAAGGGGCGUGGCCUGUUAGGAACAACCCAGUGUUUUUGGGCAUAAUAUUUAGGUCCUGCAUGUGGACUGUGUGUGUGUUGUCUAAAGAAAGUUGUUCCACUUUUCCAGAGUGCUAACAAAAACACUCAUUUACAAAUCGUGGGGUUUUUAGAAACACACUUCAAGCAGAAAAGCCGCUAAUCCGUGUUGCUGAAAAGUCGUCGCUUCUGUUGACCAUUUAUCAGUUUUUAAGCAAGUGAAUAUUGUCGUAGGCUGAACAGAGCAAACAAAAUUCCCACCAUUUACAAAAGCUUGCUGAUUUCCUUCCUUCCUUCGUUUCUGCUCCUGCUGAUGUUCACGCUACACUGUUUAGUUUUCCUGUGAACUCUUCAGCUGUCCACAGACUUCUGUUUCACACGAGUCUGGAGUCAACAGUGUCGCUGAGGACGUUUCUGUAGUAAUCACACAAACACCACAGACUGGACUGAGGUUCAGCUUUAAACCCUCUGCACAAUAACCAGUCCCACUGAACAUUACACACACUACACACAGGAUCUUUAAUCUGGUUCAACUUUCAAACCUGAAGACAAAACAAACUUCUGGAUUUUUUGGGGAUUGUGUGUAAAACCUAAAACAUCACAGCAUGCAAAUGAGCUUCUACCAGGUUGGAUUAUAUUUUGGCUUGCACUUUUCUUGUGUUUAAGUGUGCCGCUUUCCUGUGUGUGUUUGUGUGUGUCUUGCAGCUCUUGCAUCGGGAUUGUUCUGUCGUUCUCAACCAACCAUUCGAUUCUUGUCUCUCUGUUACUUUGAGGGACGGAUGAUAACUUUGUGUGUGUGUAAUAAAGCGAUUAUUACAUCACGCCUGUGAAACCUGGUCAUUUCCUACAGGCCGUGUGUCUUGAGGUAUGAAGGGGUCCAGCGUCCUCACACCAGGGUGAAUUUAUUUAUUUGCUUUUUAUGUGUUUUAAAAGGUGAUUUUCCAAAUCAGUCGAUUUUUUUUUUUUUGGGCGAGAUGAAGAACCUGAGAUGAAAUUUAUUUUAAAUCGAACUUGUUAUUUUUUUAUUAAGUGGGUUUGGUUUGUGAAUGUGAAAUGCAUCCUGACCUGUAAAAACACUCUGAACGUGUGUGUGUGUGUGUGUGUGUAAUGAAUUGUAACCAUGCACUGGUUAUUGUAGGAAUAAAUAUGGGAAUAUUCUGUCUUAUUGGCAAUAAAGUUUAAUUAAAAAAAAAGAAAUUAAAGAUUUUUUUUUCUUUUCUCAAACCCUUCUGGACAUUCGUUUGAAACAAACAUGUUUAUACAUGUUUAUAAGGUGUGACACAGUGUGUUAUGAGAUGAUAUAACAGUGAUAUAGUGUGUUAUAAACACAGCCACUGCUAAUGUUUUUUCUUUUUUAACCAUUUUAGAAACUUUUUUUUUUAAAAAGAAGUGUAGGCGUGUAUAAAGCCUAAUGAAUGCGG